GAGAAGCCGUUUUGUUGCAGGAGAGCGUGGCGCUAUCGUGGGCUGCCCGUAACCAAGCAGCAGAAGAGCGCAUAUCUGGCAACCCACAGGAGCAGCAGCGGAUUGCCUUCAGCCAGUGUAAUAACAACAUUGGAAAGGACGCAGUCAAAAUACAGAGAUGGCAGUGAAUGUAUACUCGACAUCAGUAACAAUUGAGAACCUGAGCCGACAUGACAUGUUGGCAUGGGUGAACGAUUCCCUUCAGCUCACCUACACCAAAAUAGAGCAGUUAUGUUCAGGGGCGGCUUAUUGUCAGUUCAUGGAGAUGUUGUUCCCUGGGUGUAUUCUUUUAAAGAAAGUGAAAUUUCAGGCAAAGCUGGAACAUGAGUUUAUACACAACUUCAAAGUACUCCAGGCAGCUUUUAAGAGGAUGAACGUCGAUAAAAUAAUUCCUGUGGAAAGAUUAGUGAAAGGAAAAUUCCAAGACAACUUUGAAUUCGUCCAGUGGUUUAAAAAAUUCUUUGAUGCCAACUAUGAUGGAAAAGAAUAUGAUCCCAUCCAAGCUAGACAGGGCCAAGACGUGGCGCCUCCACCAAAUCCAGGUGAACACUUUUCCCACAAACCCAAGAGAACUGGUCCCUCAGGGCCUCAGAGAACAUCACCAACAGUACCUAAAAACAUGCCCACGCCACAGAGGGUGACGACCACCAUAAGGAAGAACCCCACACAUGCCCGAAACGGGGGGAGUGAUGCUGAAAUCACGGAGCUUAAUCAACAGUUGAUGGAGUUGAAGUUAACUGUUGACGGUCUGGAGAAGGAGAGAGAUUUCUACUUCAGCAAACUACGAGACAUUGAACUGAUCUGUCAAGACCAUGAGGCUGAAAGCAGCCCGGUUAUCAGUAGGAUAAUUGACAUUCUGUAUGCCACAGAGGAUGGCUUUGCACCACCAGAAGAUGAUGAAAUCGACGAGCAGUCUCACUUGGACCAGGACGAAUACUGAGCCUCCUCUUCCACAUGGUCGUGACCCGUUCACCAUUUCCUCUCCCCAUCACUUUGAAUGAGUCCCCCCCAAAACGCACGAUCUUAAAAUCCCCUCAGUUUCCUCCAGAUCUAUGGGCUCACCAUAUAUACUCGAUCUGUUUGUCCUCUGACACUGGUUUAUGCACCUCAUCCAGACAGUAGCAUCACCACCACCACCAACAACAACAACACAUCCUAGCAGUCUCAGCAUGUAUUACAUAUCGACAUAGAGAAUGAACUACAAAGGUAGGCAUAUAUUGUGGGUAGCGCAACGGACUGAGAAAAAAAUGUAAAUAUUGUGAUGGGAAAGACAUUUUUAAAAGGAAAAAAGUAGACAGGUGUCUCCUGGAAUGCAGUCGUUUGUUGUGAGAAUUUCAUACACAUUUCCUUUAAGGUCUGCCUUGGCUCCAUUCAGUAUGAAAUGAUCAGUAUCAGUCUAUCAUCUGUGUCUUCGGCUCUAAUGUGUUUCUCUCACUGACUCCACACUUUACAUUUCUGAUAGUUCACUCAGAAAUAACGAUUCUGUUUUCAUUUACUCACCGUCAAGUUGUUCCUUACCUGUAGGACUUUACGAAGAGGGAUAAAAAUAAGGUAAUUUUUUCCACAUGGUUACAAUAACCAAAGAGCUUAGAAUCACCAAGAGGAGAAGGGUCUGUCUGCGGACUGCAAGACAGGGGCAUAACGUGACGAGGCCUUUGGGGCAUAACUUGUAGUACAUUAGAGGCGAAACUUGAUGUUUGAGGCCCACAUGUCAAAACUAUAUUGUCAGCAAGAUGGCGCUGUACCUAAGUUAUUACUGCCUACGCCUACUCCACACCUAAACCCAACCAUCACAGUUAUUAACUCUUCACCUUCCCCAAACUUAAACUCAACCAUUACAGUUAUUAACAUACAGCAACAAAUUGCAGAGAAUUUCAUACUUGACACGCUUGCCAUUGUACUGUUAUUUGCAACCACAGGGGGCGGCGCCAAGUUGACUGUCAUGGCAAAACAGAUAAAGUCAGCGAGUGAAGUAGCAUGGUGGAGUUGCUAAUGAAUAUAAUAUUAUAUCAAAUGAAUUGGUUGUGGAUAAAUUUAGAGAAAGCUCAUGAAACAUUUGCUGAAAAUGUUCUCUGGUAAGUAUUUCCGCCAUCACGUUGUGACGAUAACUGCAAGUUUCGCCUCUUCAUCAUACGCCCCCAUCUUUCAGUCUGCAGACAAAUUCACUUGACCAAGUGGCGACACUCUGUUGCUAUUUGGGGAAACAGCCACUAGAUGGCGCUAGUGUCAUGCAGAGGCCAUUUUGGAAUGAAAAUUCCGAUAAAAUAACAGCACGUAUAACUAACGCUAGACAGAAUGAAAGACAUAAAUAUGAGUUCAAUAUUAUAUAUUCAUACCCCACUAUUGGAAAGCAACAUUUUAAACAAUAUCUCAGUGAAAAGAAAACAAUUUCCAAAUGUUGACAAGACUAUGAUUUAUAUAAUAUCUGUUUAACCUAUGAUAGGAAAGUAUACAAGGUUAACAAAAUAACUUCAAUUACAAUUUUUUUUUUGCUUUAUUUAAAUUAGGGUGGUGCAAAAAUGAGUAUACCACACAUUAAAAACUACUUUUUCUAGUUUGUAUGGCCACCAUGGUUUUUAAUGACAGCACCGAGAUUUCUAGGCAUGGAAUGAACAAGUUGGCUCCAUUUUAAAACAUCUAUCUUUUCCAUUCUUCAAAAAUGACCCCUCUUGUAAAAUUGCUCAAAGAGAUGCUCAAUGUAAUGCCUCUUCAGAAUUCCCCAUAUGUGUUUAAUUGGAUUCAGAUCAGUACACAUAUUUAUAAUAAUAAUAUACAUUAACAUAGGUGUGUGUGUGUGUGUGUGUGUGUGUGUGUGUGUGUGUG